AUGCUGCCCCUGCUAGCCGCGCUGCUGGCCGCCGCCUGCCCGCUGCCGCCCGCCCGCGGCGGGGCUGCGGACGCGCCGGGCCUCCUCGGGUCGCCCCCAAACGCCUCGGUCAACGGGUCGUCCCCGAGCGAGCCUCUCGCCCCGCGGGUGCUGGCCUCGGUGGCCCCGGGGUCUCCGGAAUCCCCAGGCCCAGAAGAGGCGGCGGCAGCGCCGUGCAACAUCAGCGUGCAGCGGCAGAUGCUGAGCUCGUUGCUGGUGCGCUGGGGCAGCCCGCGAGGCUUCCAGUGCGACCUGCUGCUCUUCUCCACCAACGCUCACGGCCGCGCCUUCUUCGCCGCCGCCUUCCACCGCGUCGGGCCGCCGCUGGUCAUCGAGCACCUGGGGCUGGCGGCUGGAGGCGCGCAGCAGGACCUGCGCCUCUGCGUGGGCUGCGGCUGGGUGCGCGGCCGCCGCCCGGGGCCCCUCCGGCCCGCCGCGGGGGCGCCCACCGCGCUGCCUGCCUACCCCGCGGCCGAGCCCCCUGGGCCUCUGUGGCUGCAGGGCGAGCCGCUCCAUUUCUGCUGCUUGGACUUCAGCCUGGAGGAGCUGCAGGGCGAACCGGGCUGGCGGUUGAACCGCAAGCCAAUCGAGUCCACGCUGGUGGCCUGUUUCAUGACCCUGGUCAUUGUCGUGUGGAGCGUGGCCGCCCUCAUCUGGCCGGUGCCCAUCAUCGCCGGCUUCCUGCCCAACGGUAUGGAGCAGCGUCGAACCACCGCCAGCGCCGCCGCGACCGCCCCCGCUGCAGUGCCGGCGGGGACCACCGCGGCCGCCGCGGCCGCUGCGGCCGCUGCUGCUGCCGCUGCCGUCACUUCGGGGACGACGACCAAAUGA